AGCUGGGAGAGAGACGACUUGAUCACCGGGCGGCUGACAUCCUAUAACAAUAAUCAAAAGAACACCAGUGAGCAAAGCGCCGGGCCCUAAAGAAACAAGAGUAACUGAAAUUCCGAUGAAACUUUCGGUGUUACAUAUGGCCGCUCUCUCCUCCACCUCUAGCCCCAGCUAUCGACCCCCAAAACCAGAACCAAGAACCCAUCACGAGUUGAUUGAUCUCCAUUCCUCAUCUUCGGUCCGCGGGCCAAUCAUCAAUCUAUCAAUCGACGGCGCGGCGCGGCCGAGAUGAAGAGGAACAAGCCCGCCCUGGUGUGCUGCGGCGUGCUGGCAGCCGUGAUCCUCGUCCUCGCCGUCGUCUUCGUGGCGCUCUACUUCACCGUGUUCCGGCCGCGGUCGCCCAGGGUGGUGGCGACGGUGGUGGGGACCAGGAUCUCGGCGAUCAACGGCCUCCCGCCGGUCCUCAACAUCACCAUGCGCGUGGAGGUCACCGUGGGCAACCCGAACUACGCGGCGUUCCGGUACGGCGACGUGGUGACGGCGGUGCGGUACCACGGCGACGGCGUGGGGCAGGUGGUGGUGCCCGCGGGGGAGAUCGGCGCGCGCGCCACGGAGACGAUCGGCGCCACCGUCGAGGUGGACACCGUCAGGGUGGCGGCCACCCCCUACUUCAUGCCCGAGGUCGUCCUCGGGGUGCUGCCGUUCGAGACGACGACGGAGGUGGCCGGCAAGGCAGUGGUGCUCGGCACCUUCAAGAUCAGCGCGAGCUCCGAGGUGGUGUGCGACGUCGCCGUGUACUGGACCAGGGGCAACGUCACGUCGGACUGCACCUCCACGGUUCAUAUAGGCGGCCGGUAG